CCAGUAUGGAUGCAAACUGGAGCAGUUUUAUAUUCCAGGUAAUGUAUGUCUAUGGGGCUGCACAGGGGGUGGCUGGGCUCCUUCUAUAUUUGGGGGUUAUGCAUGAGAUCAGAGGGUACCCCCUCCUUUGUGGUGGUGCUGUAAGUGAGGGGUGGGGGGGGAUGUCUGGAUGAGAAAAUGAAAGGGAGCUCUGAAAUUGGCAUCUUCUUGUCCCUGUGAGUGUGUAUUUUUUUUGCAGGGAGGGAGGGAGAGAGCGAUGGUGCUGGGUGUUUAAAUCACCACCCCUCCCUCCCAUCUUUUCCCCUCUCCCUCUUUCCUUUUCAUAUAAAUACUCCAGGCUCUGCAAAGGAAUUUAUUGUAAAGGGAGCAUGGCUCAUUGUGUUUGUCUGUCUAUAUAUUAAUCUAACCUUGUACCAUGCUUGUAGGAUUCUGUGUGUAAGAACACGGGGCACAUCGCCGGCUCGCUAUGUGGUUUACACAGCCGCCCCAAGUUAUUCGUUCGUUCUGUUUACUCUUUGUUGAGAGCCAGUCACUUCUUAUUGAAAACGGGGUUAAAAUGUACGGUGCAGGAUUAUACGUGUGACCGCUAACCAUAUGUGUGUUCUUUGCAUGAGGCUUGUGAACGUGCCAGAUAUGCAUACGCUAAAUGUGAAUCUUAGCAGCCUAGAUAUGCUAUAGAAUUGUGUUUUAGUACUCAUACGGCUCACUUGUUGCAAUAUGCAGUGUAUGGCGGGGGGUAUAUGUGUGUGCGUGAUCAAUGUAGAAGCAUUUUCAUUGUAUGCAAAUUCUUCUCUUCGAUUAAUGUAGAAAGUGUCAAAAUAUUCUGCUGCACAGAUUCAAAGUGGUUUUUAAUGAUCCCUUUGGGGAGCUUUUCUGUGUGUGUGUAUGUGUAUAAAUAGUAUACGAAUGUACAUGAAUUUAGAAUACUUGCACCUUGCAAGGAUACAAUGUGCAUAGUAAUUACAGUAUUAGCAACAUGUUGCAAUCCUCUUAUAUUAAGUUCAAUAUGACGCCCAUAUGGUCGGUUAAAUUGAUAUGUAUAUCGGAAUAACUGUAUGUUGUUACAGUAAAAUGUAAAUUUUUCUCUGGUUUUUAAAGCACAGACACUGUGUGAUAUUCAAUUCUUCGAAACAAAGCGAUAUACAGUAUUGUGUGAAAUAAAGUAUUUGGGGCCUUACUCCUAAGAGCUCGCAAUCUAAGGGUAGACAUUUGCACUAUUAAGCAGGAGAAGUGGAGAUGUGUUCAGAAAUGCUUAUAGCCUCCCAGAGUAACUCAUAUUUACUUAUCCAUAUCUGUCUCUUGCUUUCCUGAAGAGCCACACUCACCUCCAGUCCUGCUACCUUUCCACAUUGUUUAGUGGCGGACACCUUUGCUGUCCUAUUGAGUUUUUGUACCCCACCUCCUCUAGACUGCUACCUCUUUUGAGCAGGGUCCUUAUCUACCAAUUGUGCCUGUGUUAUUGUGUAAUUGUCUCAUUUAUUGUAAAAUGUCACCUUUUUUUAAUAUUGUAAAGCGCUGCAGAAUUAUUUGGCGCUUAUAAAUAAUAAUAAUGUGAUUUAGGAAACUGAAGGGCAUGGCACAGGUUUGGAUAAUUGAGGUUAGUGGCAGGUUCAGAUUGAGCAUGUGAUGUCUCAGUCAGAUUGUAAGCUUUGGGCAUGUCCCUCCUUCUGGAUGUCUCUGUAGACCCUUUAAAUACCAUAACACACACUGCCUUGUUCUGAGUAAUAAUCUGUUACAGACAUGGUGUCAGGAAGGGUCCGAUAGUCACACGGGUAACUAGCAAAAGGGUCAUCACAUGUAACGGACAAGGUGUACUAAACCCUAAAUAUUAGUCAAUUCAAAUCCAAAUUACAAAAUAUAAACUGUGACCAUGGGGGAUUUGGAGAAAUUCUCUAAAUACGCUGUUUGCCUUUAUUUGUUCGUUGAGGUUUCUACUUGAUUUUUAGUAAAUAACUUGAGGGUUUAAUUUUAAAUUCUAUUUCUAUCCUAUAAAGUUGUGCGUUACAUAGCCCCAAUCUAAAUAUUCCUACAAAAAAUCAGGUAUAUCCCGUGUUGAACCCCAUCUCUUAUUUAUAAAACCUAUGAGUUUACUAGUAUUCUUCCCCUCCUUCACUAAUCUCAGCUUCUCGUUCCCUUCUAUGGAAGUUGUUUAAUGUUGACGACAUUUUAAUACACCUAGCAAUCUAUUAUAUGAACUGAACGCCCUUUACCAUUUGUGUCAUUCUAUCCACUUCCUUUAGAUUAUAAGCUCCUUUGAGCAGAGCCCUUACUCCCGCUUGUUCCUGUAAGUCCAAUUUGUCGUGUUACAGUUGCUUGUCUUAUUCAGCCAUUGUACAGCGUCGUGGUAUAUGUUGUCAUUUUAUAAUGAUAAUAUUAAUACACAAAACUGUAAUUACGAAUGAAAAAUAGUGUCGAUUGGUUGAGACGUCAGGAUGUUGAUGGUAAAUAAGUAUUACUUAGGGAAUAGGCUGAUGCUCUUUUGAAUUUCUACGUGAAGCUAGUAUUUUGGGAUUCUAGUAAUGGUCAGAUAUAUUCUAAGUCUGAUUGUUCCAGGUGUCCCUCUAGUGGCUAUAGUACUCUUUGACACCCAAACUGGGCAUUCCACGCCACACUGAUUUGUGAUCCUCGUUUAUUCAUAAUAAAUGGCUGUCCUUAUAUGGGUGCCACUAACUAUACAUCCUGACAUGUCUGACAUAUUAUACUGGGCAAUAUCCACACUUCUCACCUUCUUUUUGUGUUUUUAUUAUGGCUUCAAGAUGAGCUAUUGGUAACUGUGUUUUGUUUUUGUUUUUUUUUGUUUUUUUUUUUUUUAUUUCUCCCAGACCCCUCCUCCUCCCCCCUCUGAACCUUUGCAGGUUGAGCUUCUUCCGGUAUUGGCCACCGUCUCUGCGCCUCCAGAUGUAUCAUCCCUCACUCAAUCAAUGGUGCCUAAUUUGGUACCCCAGCACCAAUCCACUGUUGAUACUGCUGCUCUUAAGCAGGUGGUACCCGGACUGGCAUCCCCCCAGCAGAUGCAAGCAAACUCCUCUGUUACAGGCCAGGCAUCCUCCAUUUCAUCUGGUAUGUCAAUGGCCCCUUUGAUGGAACUUCCCAAGAAAUCAAAAAGUCGGGGUCCCUAUAUCUGCGCCCUUUGUUCCAAGGAGUUUAAAAAUGGCUAUAAUUUAAGAAGGCAUGAAGCAAUCCACACAGGUAUUAAACCAGCUCGAGCACAGCCAGCAGUAAAGAUGGCCACGAUGGUGCCUCUUAGCUUGCUCAGUGUGGCAGGAACUCUGGGGGGAGGCACAGAGACCUUGGAAGUCCCAACUUCCCCUUCAACGCUUCCUCUCCCUGGGCCCUCCCCAACAGCCAAGAAAGUGCGUAAAAACCACGCUUGUGAGAUGUGCGGGAAAGCCUUCCGUGAUGUCUACCACCUCAACCGCCACAAGCUGUCGCACUCUGAUGAGAAACCAUACUCCUGCCACGUAUGUCAGCAGCGUUUUAAGCGAAAAGAUCGCAUGACGUACCACGUGAGAUCACACGAUGGAACCGUGCACAAACCCUACAUUUGUAGCCACUGUGGAAAAGGGUUCUCACGGUGAGGAUAUUUGUCAUACAGUUUGUCACUUUUAUUCAGCUUAGCUGCUAGUUAAUUUUUGUCAAAUUAUGCCUGCCUUUUUUUUUUUUUGUUUUUUUUUUUUGCUUCACACGGUCUACUUGAUCCAGUUUUUCACAUAUCCUAUGUAUUUUUUUUUUUCUCUCCAGUCCUGAUCAUCUGAACAGCCAUGUCAAGCAGGUUCACUCAACCGAGCGUCCAUUUAAAUGCCAGGUAAGUGUUUGUUAUUGAGUCUUUUUUUCUGUUGGUCAAAAUUCCAAGACCUUGUACAUUUGUGUGUCAUUUGUGUGUUGUGUUUUGAAGAACAUAAAUUAUUUUAGACUGUGUGUAAACCAGACUGGGUUGUCUUCUUUAGCACUGUUUGUAUAGCAGACUGGGUGGGUUUUUUUUUGUUUUUUUUUCAUGAAGUUUGGUUAUAACAGGCAAGUUGGUCUUCUCAUGGACUGUUGGUCUAACAGACUGGGUGGUCUUUUAUGGACGGUUGGUGUUACAGAUUGAAUGGAUUUCUUGUAGACUGUUGGUGUGACAAACUGUGUGCUUUUCUCAUGGAUUGUUGGUGUAGGAGACUGGGUGGUCUUCUCCAGGACAGAUUGGGCAUGUUAAAUGUUUCUCUCCUCAGACCUGUGAAGCUGCUUUUGCCACAAAGGACCGACUUCGUGCGCACAUGGUCCGACAUGAAGAGAAGGUACCGUGUCACGUGUGUGGAAAGCUUCUCAGCCCUGCAUACAUUACAGACCACAUGAAGGUCCACAACCAAGGCCCCAACCACGUGUGUGAACUGUGUAAUAAAGGUAAGACUCUUUUUCAUAGUGUGCUUGUUCUACACACGUGCAAUGACUCACUGCCCACCACAUCCCUAGUACAAUCCGGUCACCCUUAGCUUGGCAUAUUCCAAUAUCCAGCGAUGCUCUUCACAGUCCAUUGGGAAUGCUUCUAGAAUGGGAUAGCAGGAGAGGGAUGUCCCUUUAUGAAUUUAAAUCACUGAGGGCAGGAGUGCAUUGCCAGUGGAACUGGGUGAUGUCACUAAAGUAUUUGUAGGACAAGAAGAAAUGAGUAUGGUGGAGCAGCCAUGAUAUUUAUGAGAAACAUUGAUAAAUUCCAAGUGUACCCAACCUCAUGAGGACAAAAUAUUCAGGGCAGGAUUCAUGGAUCCCAAUUCAUUGUAUCCCACCUAUGUAUAUUUAACUCCAACCUUCUCAGGAUUGGACUUAAACAUACAGAGUUGGGAUACAAUGACAAGACAUAGGGAGUUAUUAUUGAAGCUUCUUCUUCAAGAACAGUGUGCCUACCUGGUCCAGUUCCUUUUUUCGCAUAAGUGGAUUAGUUAUUCUAGAACAGGUCAACCCAGAGAUCUUAAGCAAUUCAAUGAGGGGAGAAGCAAAUUUCCAACUGUGUUUCGACUCUUGGAGGCAUCAUCAGUGAGGGACAACUCAACAUGAAGAGCGUGCAGCAAGCUGUAGUGAUUGGCAUUGACCAUUCUUAGUUAAUCAUUUGCUAUUUAAUGAUACAGAACUAAUUAUAGACCUUGUGUUUAUCCCACAGUAAUUGUGAUUUUUAGACCGCUAUUCAAACUUGCAAAACAUUUUGUAAAUUAGACCUUUUUAUUUCCUACAGCAUAAUAUAAACUGUCCGGUAGGGAAUUUAGUCUAAACUUGAAAUUGGUCAAAAACGACAAAAGAAGGAAAUCCUCAAGAGCUACCCUCUCUGUGGGAUCAUAGGGGCGACUGAAGGGUGGGUCUAUUAAUGCAAUCCUUAAAGGGGGGGGGGUCUUUGGGAUGAUUAUGCUUUGUACAGAAACAGAUUGUGUGAAUGAGGAAAAUUCUGAGGGGAAUGUGGGUUAAAGACGCGGUGCUUCCAUCCACAGCCUUAAAAUGGCGUGUGCUUCUCCCCCCCCGUGUAGGUUUUGCCACGGCCGCGUACCUGCGGGUCCAUUCGGUGAAGCACCACGGUCUGGUGUGCCCACGGGCAGACAGCUUCCUCUGCAAGUUGUGCAGCGUACACUGCAAAACCCUGGCACAGCUGAGCGGCCACAUGCACACACACGCCAUGGCGGGUACCACUGGGCUUUCUGAGGGAUCCCUACUGCGGUGACCAAAGCUAAGGCAAGAGCCUAGUUAUCGUCUCGUUCUCCUGAGUCCUAUGAAUUGUGGGUAGGAGGCUGAGCAUUGCUAGGUGUUGGGAUAUGCCACUCUGCAACCUUUCCUUUUCCACUGGCAUUGUGUGCCCCAGCAAAAGUACAUCUCAUAAGUUCUUUCUUUCACCCACUUCAAUCCUUUUCCUACUGCUACUUACCGUGCUAACCUCCUUCCCUGUGUGACAGGGGCUGUUCCUUCCCUUUAAGCCUUUUUCAUACUGUAGCAUUUGAUCUUGGAUUUCUCGUGCCUCCUGAUGACUGUUUCUUUUUUUUCCCUCUUUCUCUCCAGGGACCGGCCAAGUUUGUCCUAUAGCUGAUCCAUCGUCGUCUUUAACUGCAGUCCUGCCGAAUGCUGGGGUCCCGGGGAUGGUCCCCUCCCAGCCCUGGUGA